GUAAUUGACGGCAAGCUGCACCUGACGUGCCAGCACUUCAUCCCGAUGUCGACGCGCCAACAAGACUGCCUCCGCCCGAACUGCCUGUUCAGCCGCAACCACGCGCACCCCGUCGGCUGCAGGUCGACUUCGUGCAUGCGGAUGAUGCAGCCGCCGCAGCGGAACCCGAUCAGGAUCCACGAGAGCCUGUGCGCGGAUUGCAUCAUGCGCGGGGACGGGGGUCGAGGGGCUCUCCGAUGCUCAUGA